ACAGUGCAAUUGUGUAGAACGCGAUGCGUUACCUGCAGAGACAUGUUGGAGGUGCUUGGAAAGGGCCAUACCACCUUGAGGUUUUGGGUGACCCGCACGAGUUCCACAAGGAGCCCACGCCGAACGAGCCCAAGAGAAAGGACACCACGUUGUGGGAGCCCGAUGCGAAGGCUAAUUGUGAGAAGCUCGCAACGACAGAGUGGUGGGCGACUUAUGGCGGCGAUGUCUCCGACUUGCAGGCCAUUGCCAUCAAAAUCGUGAUUGAGAGACGCAAGAAGAAGGUUCGGGAAAACGAACCGGAGCUGCGGCGACCAUUGGACGUUGUGCAAGAGCGAGAAGAGGAACAUCAGGAACAAAGUGAAGCGGUUGUGAAGAUGGUGGAAGUCGCACUCCAAGAAGAGGGAAACGACAAGGUGCAGCCAAAAAGGCAAAGGAGGCGGACCAGCAAGAGGCGGCGCACCACAAACUGGCACAAAAAGGCGGAGGAAAAGGACCAGCAAGAAAACAAGGACAACAUGGAGCAACAAAAAGAGGUGGAGAUGGAGCACGAAGAAGAGGACAAGGAGAUGGAGCAUGAAGAGGACGAGGAGGGGAUGGAGAGGCAAGGAGAGCAGGAGGACAUGGAACAGCAAGAAGAGGCGGAGGUCAUGGACCAGCAGGACAUGCAACACAAUGUGGAUGAGGAGGACGGCGAAGAGGAGCACCAGCCUGUAGUGAAGACUGUGUACACGUGUAGGCAACGACUGGUUGUGUCCUCACAGUCGGUCGAGGACAUUCCCGACUUCCCUCCCAACAAUGAGGUUGUCCAACAUGACAACCUGUGGGUGAGCAGGGUGGGGAGGAAGAGAAAGGAACCGAUGAAGGAUGCUGCUACAAAGCCUAAACGUGCUUAUGGUAGAGCCCGCAAGCUGAAGACCGUUGAACCUGUUGCAAAACCAAAGAAAAAGAGUCGCCAACGCAAGGCUCGAGCGGAGGUUGUGGAGGAUGACCCCGAUUCAGAUAACUGCAACCUUCCACAUUCCUCUGUAGUAUUCCACUGAAAGUUUCGAGCCCGUAUUGGCAUAAGGGUGUG